CGGAGGGCGGCGGGCAGCGCGGGCCCGCGGGGAUGAAGGACCGGCUGGCUGACCUGGCGGAGUAUAAAGGAAAUGAAGAUGGCGAGACAGUUAUCAUUGAAAAAGAUCAUUUUAUGGAUGACUUUUUCCAACAGGUUGAGGAAAUUAGAAAUAACAUAGCAAAAAUAGCACAAAAUGUGGAAGAAGUGAAGAAGCAGCACAGCAUUAUCCUGUCAGCACCAAAUCCUGAAGGAAGAACAAAGGAAGAACUUGAAGAACUAAAUGAAGAAAUAAAGAAGAUUGCUAAUAAAAUCCGGGCCAGGCUAAAGGCUAUUGAGCAGAGUUUUGAUCAGGGUGAGAAUGCUAAUCGGACAUCAGUGGACCUCAGGAUCAGAAAAACACAGCACUCAGUGCUGGCACACAAGUUUGUGGAGGUGAUGACCGAGUACAACGAGACGCAGACGCUGUUCCGGGAGCGCAGCAAGGGCCGGAUCCAGAGGCAGUUGGAGAUCACUGGGAAGACCACCACUGAUGAGGAGCUGGAGGAAAUGUUAGAGAGUGGCAAUCCUUCCAUUUUCACUUCUGAUAUCAUCUCAGACUCCCAGAUCACCAGGCAGGCCCUGAACGAGAUCGAGUCGCGCCACAAGGACAUCAUGAAGCUGGAGUCCAGCAUCAGGGAGCUGCACGAGAUGUUCAUGGACAUGGCAAUGUUUGUUGAGACCCAGGGUGAAAUGAUCAACAACAUAGAAAAGAACGUGAUGAAUGCGACAGAUUAUGUGGAACAUGCAAAAGAAGAGACAAAAAAGGCAGUGAAAUAUCAGAGCAAAGCACGCAGGAAAAUGUGGAUAAUUAUCAUUGUGUCAGUGGUGUUGAUUGCCAUAGUAGCUCUAAUUAUUGAAAUUGAUGUUCAUAAUAAUCUGUGUAACUGUAUUGCUUCUGAUACUUGGAAUUAUCCUAGCAACAACUCUGUCCUAGCAAGCACAUUCCAAGAGUCACCAGCCUUCAGGAACUCCAAAACAUCUGCAGUAAAACCAAACCUCUUCCACAGAUGAUGCCUGACACUGCUCCACGAGGAUGACCUGUCACUAAUGGUUAAAAAUGAAAGCAAAAUCACUCUUUAAUGUUUACUCAUAAAUGAAGAUCAGAAUGUAUUAGGGUGUGUAUAGUUUUUACAUCAUAAACUAAACACUUGUAUGAUGGAAGCUUUGUUUUGAGCUAAGGUAACUUUGGGUUUUUUCACAUCUCAGUGUUACAGUUGAAAUAGGGAGUUGAGAGACGAUUGAGUUUGGACUGUUUGCCUUUUUUCCUGUUGCUAACCUAACUCUAAUCAUGACUUUUAAGUACCUUGCCAGUGCUGCCUUUGUUAGCACUCUUGUGAAUAUUUUUAUGAGAUAUAGCCUUGUGUUUAAGUGUAUCAAUUAUUUAGUCACCUUAACCUAUUUAAACUUUUUGCUCUUUCUCCAACAAGUGCUAAAAUAUUUUAUCCUGAACAGAUUACUCAUUUAACUGCCCAGUGCAUUAUACUUGAGAAGAAAAAAGAAAAAAGGCUUUUUUACACUUGCCAGUUUUUUCUUUUUUCUCUCAAGGUUAAUUGCUUUAAAUACUUCCUUCAUGGUUAAUAAAAAGUUAGUUGCAACAUUUCUGGUAAAAGCAUACAGCUCUGAAAUGCUGAAUCUGCACUUGAGCAGGUAAUUUUACAGGUAGUUCUUGUGCAAAGGAGACUGAUGGAUCAGUUUAGCCUCACUGCUUAUGUGGAUAUGACAAAAAUGACUUUAUGAAGCCAAAUCAAGUUCUCUUGUUGGGGUUUGCUAAUGCUGAUGUAUGAAUACAGCACGUACACAGAGGAUACAAACUAAGACACUGAUUUGUUAUGAAAUCUGUGUGGCUCUAACAUGGGUGAAGUGUUUUGGUGCACAUGUGCCUGUUGUAACGCCAGCUUGCACAGCUUGAAAGCUUCAAAGGAUUCCAAAGUACCCAAAUAAUUGCAUUUAAUGUUACAGGUUAUUUUUGUAUUUUUGUGUGUAAAGUACUUGUAACCUGGGUUUGUGACUCCUCGUUGUCCAAGCAUAUCCAUGUAGAUAUGUAGAUAUAUUUACACACAAAGAGAAAUAGAGGAGAGGAUAAUUUGUGCCUUUUUAAACGUAGUCUAAAAGAUACUCUUCAAUGUUUUCAGAUAUUCAGCUCUCAGUUGACUGCAGUAACUCAGUUCUACAAGUUUAGAAUCCUUAAACUUAGGUUCUGUUGAAAGUGUCUGAGAUCAAAGUUACUCAGUAAGCGAGAAUUCAGACUUCAUGAAAUUCAGCAAAGUUUACAAUUUCUAUUGUAUGUAUGAAUAUUCCUGCUUUGCUGUCCAGGUAUACUGUGAAUAUGCUGGAGCUAUUCAGAUGUCAAACAUGUUUCAAAAAGAAAGCAAAUAUUCUUGUUAUGAUUAUUAUUGGUCUCUUUACAAGUCAGCCAUAAAGAAGUCACUUGUAAAGUUCGGCUUCAACAAUGAACAAAUUUCUUUUACCUCUGAGUCCAGAAUGCUCACUGGUGUUUGUGAGGAAGUUUACAUGCAAAGUAAGGAAGGAUUGGUUGCCUUAAUGCUCAUUCUAGGUAAAUAUUUUUUAUUCUGUAGUUUUCUAGAUUUUUAUCAGUAAAUAUUAUUUAUACAGAUAUGCAAAUUAGAUGGGGGAAAUCGUUCCUGCUGUUUACCAGCUGGUUAUGUAAACUGACCCUCAAAAUCUGUCAUGUUGAAUUUUUUUCUCUGUAAUGCAGUAAUAUGCCCAUCAAGAUGAGACAUUUGAAUAGGCUGCUCCACAGUUUUUACUUCUUGUUGAACAGCUGCCUCAGAGAGUUUGUUUUAAAGCAAACCAGAUCUUUUCACAUGAGCCUCUUUGGAGGUUGGAGGGGAGGAAAUCUCUAACCUGUGCACUAAUAAACUCAUCCGAGCGA